AUGCCAGCAAGAGAUCCAGUGGCUACCAUCUUAUCCCCUCCUCCCGCUCACCAAUCUUCUUUCAACCAUCAUCAAUCUCCCUCGUCGUCCGCUUUCUCGCGUAUCAGCAACAAUGCAUUGUCUACUUCACCUUUGGGAACAGGUCUGGGAGAUAAUGGUCUUGUACGACGAGCUCCUAGCUCUUCAGACAGAACGGGUAUAGGUAUAGGUAUCGGUCUACCCGAGACAUUAGAUACCACGUCAGACCCAAGUAUACCACCUUCGAGUCAAUCCAUUAGAGAUUCUACCAACCGUCUUGCCUCUUUAUCCUCUAUGUCUUUUAAUUCACCUCGACCUAGAGCUUUGUCAGCUUCGGACUCUUCCAAUUUUCUCCGUACUCAACGUUCUUUCUCUCCCUCUUCCAAACCUCCCGACGCUCACAGACCCGUUCACCCUAGUCAUCUUGCUCGGAUAUCUACGGUAGAUGAGGAAAUCUCUCCUCCCAGUCCAAGGCGCCCGGUGAUACCGGUCGAUGAUAACAGUGGACUGGCUAACGAGGAUUGGAGUCCGGAAGGCAGUAGCUCACCCCUAUCUACUUCACCUAGAAUGCCCGGCACUCGAGUAGCACGAUCGGGAUUGAGUGUCAUGUUAGCUCGAGAGGAUAGAAGAAGAGCAGCGGACGCUUCGCGUUCCCCUCCCAUUCAACCAAUCACUUCACCUAUGCCCGAGAGUAUCAUGCCUAUUCUUGGUAGUCCCACUUCUGUCUCUUCUCAACUGGACAAGGGGCAAAGGGAAUCACCACCACGAACACCCGUAAAAGGUUUCGUUGCAGAGAUAGCGGAAGAGUCGGAUGAAGAGAGUUUGGACAGUGGGCUGAGGAGGAUCUUGGCGGAGCAGGUUAUGGGGAAUGAUGGUAUGGAUGAGAGGACACCACUGCUGGGGAUUAGUGGAGGAUCGGGGAGAGGGAGAUUAUGGGAUGCGUUUGGUAGAAGGGUCACCAAAGUAUCAGGAAAGGAGCUGUUGAAAGAGGCAAUAGUUGAGCCGGUCAAGGCUCUUCCUUCGGUUAUACUGGGAACAUUAUUGAAUGUACUUGACGGGGUCAGCUACGGAAUGAUAUUAUUCCCCGCUAAUCCGGUAUUCGAAGAUUUUGGCUCACUCGGAGUUUCCAUGUUCUUCAUGUCAUGUAUAGUCUCCCAAUUGGUCUUCUCACUCGGAGGCAGCAUAUUCCCCGGCGGAAACGGAUCCAUGAUGAUUGAAGCUGUCCCAUUUUUUCAUAUCUUGGUCAACAUCAUACAAGCGGAGUGUGGUGACGAUGCAAUAGAAGUGAUAUCUACCACCAUGGCGGCAUUUGCAUUCAGUUCGAUCCUUACAGGUUUCGUAUUCUUCGCCUUGGGAGCAUUCAAAUUGGGUACUCUUAUAGGUUACUUCCCACGGCAUAUCUUGGUUGGUUGCAUAGGAGGCGUAGGAAUUUUCUUGAUUGAAACUGGACUUGAAGUCUCCCUGGGGCUCAAAUCUGAAGGUUUCGAAUACAACCUUGGAACUCUACGUCUAUUCUUUUCCUCAUCACAUGCCAUAUUACUGUGGACUAUCCCUUUGACCCUUGCGAUCUUGUUGAGAGUUAUCACUCAUUUUUUUCAUCAUCAACUCAUCUUCCCUGCUUAUUUCUUUGUCAUUCCUAUAGUGUUCUAUGUGGUUGUCUUGGCUGGAAGAUUGGAUUUUGCCGAUUUACGCGAGACGGGUUGGGUCUUUGAUGUGGGUAAGAACACACAAGCGUGGUGGAAGUUUUAUACUCUAUUCGACUUUGCUCAAACAAACUGGGGAGCAUUUUGGGCAGCCAUGCCUACUCAACUUGCCCUAGUCUUCUUUGGUAUACUCCACGUUCCACUCAACGUCCCUGCUCUCGGAGUGUCGUUAGGAGAAGACAACGUCAAACUCGAUCGCGAAUUAGUAGCUCAUGGAAUAUCCAACUUCGCCGCGGGAUUGACGGGGACGGUACCAAAUUAUUUGACUUAUGUCAAUACUGUCCUCUUUUACCGUGUAGGCGGUGGUUCAAGACUCUCCGGUAUAAUGCUAGCAAUCAUGACAGCUCUUAUCAUGUUCGUUGGACCUACAGUCAUCGGCUACCUACCUGUGAUGGUGGUAGGAGCUCUGAUUUUCGUUUUGGGUAUUGACCUCACUAUUGAGGCAGUGUGGGAUACGAGACAUAGAGUGAACAAGAUGGAGUAUAUCACUAUAUGGGCUAUCGCUAUCGGUAUGACUGUAUGGGACUUUGUCAUUGGUCUCUUAUUCGGUAUCGUACUUGCCUGCAUAUUUUUCGUGGUACAGAGCUCUCGACGCCGCGCCAUCCGGGCUGUAUUCAACGGUUCCAACGCCAAGUCAACCGUUCGACGACCGAAGAGUCAGAGAGGGUUCUUGCAGAAAGUUGGCUCUCAAACUUAUGUCAUGAAGUUACAAGGAUUCCUCUUCUUCGGUACAAUUUCGACAGUCGAAGAAGAAAUCCGGAAAUUACUUGAUCUGGCAAAAUGGCAACAUAACCCUAUUCGAUUUCUGAUCAUCGACUUCACUUUAGUCCACGGAUUAGACUUUUCCUCUGCUGAAGCCUUUGUUCGUGUACAGCGGUUGUUGGCUGCUAAAGACGUGCUAUUGAUCAUGUGCGGAGCGGCACCGAAUGGGUUGGUAGGGACUGCAUUACGGAAUGUAGGUUUGUGGGCGGAUAGGGAGGGAACGAGGGUGGAAGUGUUUGGGGGGUUGAAUGAUGCUUUGGAAUGGAGUGAAAAUGCAUAUUUAACCGCAUUCUAUGCCAAUCAGAAGUCGGAAGAAUCUGGUGGUCCGAUGGACUUUCCAGCAGUUGCAAAACCUCCUUUUGCUCUUACUGCAUCGUUUCAAAAUAGCCCUCGAAGGUCUCAUCUAGCUCAAGCAGGUGAUGAUUAUCUUCCAUUUGGCUUCACGCAUACUCGUGAUCCAUCCCACGCAGUCCCAAUUUACCCUCAACCACUUCCAACACUCUUACAAACUUUCACAGACUAUCUUCCCCCCGUCUCACCCUCCCAAGAAUCAAUCACAUUCUUUCGUCAACUCGCACCGUACUUCUCACCACUCAUCAUACCCUCUCAUCACGUUCUCUGGACGCAGGGUGAACAAGCCGACGGAUUGUACCUCAUCGAAAGUGGUUCUCUCCGAGCUACAUAUGCGUUUGACGACUAUCCCACGAGGGUGGAAGAGACUAUGGUUGCUGGGACUAUAGCAGGGGACCUUAGUACGUUGAGCGAUACGAGAAGGAAUGCUACGGUUGUGAGUGAGAGAGAAUGUGUUUUGUGGAAAUUGGACAGUGAGGCUUUGGGAAGGUUGGAGAAGGAAAAGCCGGAUGUGGCCAGACAAUUUGUGCAAAUUGUUCUGAAAGCCGUGGCGGAAGAACAAGAAGUUUUAUCAGCUCAUCUGAUCGCUAUGCUCUCAUGACGUUGUUGGUCAGUUAUGAAUCCCCACCCUAUGUUUAGUCUCGAUCUUGCAACGAUGGACUGAUCACGUCGAUACCCAAAACCCCUUCAUUUGUCUGUGGGAUGUGAGAAUUGAGAAAUGAGAAAUGAGAAAAGGAAAAGUAUAUAGAAGUUGUAUUGCUGGAAUUGAAUGCAUCGCAUGGUUUGUCUUG